AAAUGUUCCUGAGAGGCUACUGACCUCAGACCUUGCAGAAAACUGCUUCACCAGAGCUGGGAUGGCCAGUCAUCAAGCAGAAGUUCAGAAUUUGAAGCUAGAUAAUGAUUCAUUUAUAGAAGGAAUAAGUGACCAGGUACUGGUGGCAGUUGUGCUCAGUUUCACUUUCAUUGCUGCUCUGGUAUAUACCCUUUUAAGAAAUGAGCAUCAGAACAUACACCCAGAAAAUCAAGAGCUAGUGCGAGCUCUUCGUCAACAGCUUCAAACGGAGCAGGAUGCAUCUGCUGGUGAUAGACAUCGUUUCUAUACUGAUAUGUCCUGCCCAGUCUGUUUGCAACAGGCUACAUUUCCUAUUGAAACAAACUGUGGACAUCUCUUCUGUGGUUCCUGCAUUAUUGCAUACUGGAGGUAUGGCUCAUGGCUUGGUGCCAUCCGUUGCCCAAUCUGCAGGCAAACGGUAACAUUGUUUUUACCACUAUUUAGUGAAGAUCAGCAGGAUGCAGCCCAAGUGCUUCAGGAUGUUAAUGAUUACAAUCGGAGAUUCUCAGGACAGCCCAGAUCCAUUAUGGAAAGAAUUAUGGAUCUACCCACUUUAUUGCGGCAUGCUUUCAGGGAGAUGUUUUCUGUUGGGGGCCUCUUCUGGAUGUUUCGUAUCAGGAUAUUCCUCUGCUUGCUUGGAGCCUUGCUCUAUCUGGCUUCGCCUCUGGAUUUUCUUCCUGAAGCCCUUUUUGGGAUUCUGGGUUUUUUGGAUGAUUUCUUUGUAAUUUUCCUCCUGCUGAUAUACAUCUCUAUUAUGUACCGAGAAGUGGUGACACAGCGGCUGAAUAGAUGAAAUGAAUGAAAACAACCCAAAUGCAGAGGCUGUAAAGGUUAUAAAAGGUUAUAAAAAGAGAACCAUGACCUAAGUAUGACGUGACAGGGUGCCCGCCUACAGUUUCAGUAUUUACAAUUCCAUAGCUUCUAGUUGAUCAUCUUACGCAAAUAUGAAGGGUUAAUAUGUGGUGAUGCUUAACUGGAAUCCUCAGUUUGUAUAUUACAUACGCUUUAGUCAUGAUGAAGUCAGUUUUGUAACAUAAUAAACUACCUUCAUCUGCUUACACCUGAUAAGCAAUUGUAUGUAAUCAAAGAAGAAAAAGCCUCCUCUGGUGAGUCUAGUUUGUGGAAAAGAAGCCCUAGUAAACGGCUUCUGGCAGAAAAUCAGUCUGGGUAAUCUAGACCUGUUUAAAGAAAUUCAGGAACUUUUCACUGUGCAGUUAUAAAAUCACCUAAUCACCUAUGGUGGGCUCUCUGUGGAAGAAAAAAACAAAGAAAAAAACGCAUCACAGGUCCCACCUGCAGUUUGCUGAUAUCCACAGUUUAUGCUUCAGAAAAUCUAGAAGAACACCUCAUUGUUCCUUGAACUGCAGAACAUACAGCUGCAUGAAAUUCAUACAAUUUUAUAUUUUGGCAUAUACAUAUGCCGUUUGAUCUAGAGGGAGAAACAACCAAUAUUCUGCACACCAGACUGGUUAGUACUCUGUUUUUAAAAUAGGAGCAGAGCUUUUCUCUUGAGGCUUGUUUAUUUGGGAAGGAUAGUGGGUUAUGUCAUUUUGAUUUUUAUGCUGCUUUAGGUUAUUGCAGUAUAUCUAAAUUUAAGUGUGCGCCUCUAUAUUUGCAUUGAAGUACUGAUGAAAAGAACCCUCAGAUUUCAGUUAGUGAUUAAAGAAAAAGUAGACAGAACUGGAUAUUGACAAUUCAGAAUUUUACCCUGAAUAUGAAUUCUGCAAUACUGAGAUUAAAUGAUUUGAGUAUUGUUGUUCUUUUUCGUUUGGGAUUGGUGGUAUUUAAUUUGCUUGGUUGGUUUGGGAUGGGUGGAGGGGAUUAUCUUGGAAAGUCUUGUGAUAAGGGACCACAAAAAAUCAUGGAAAUGUUUUCAAAACUGCCAGGGUGUUAGUUAUCCUUAAUGUUGACUUUCUUUUUUGUUUUUCUUCUAUUGAAGUUGAAUAUAAACUAUCAUCACUGCAGAAGUAAUUUGAAAAUAAUUUCUUUAAUACCAAUUCUGUGCCACUAGAAAACUUGAGAGUAUUCUCAAUCUGUGUAUUUUUAGUUAGGGAAAAGAGAUAGUGUUUGCCAUUUUACUUUAAUUUCCCGAGUACUUGAAAGACAGUAACUAGAAAGGGGAUUCUUUGUAUGUUUACAUAAUAUGUGGAGCGACUUUCAUUGAUAAAGGGAUGUUUUCGCAAAUACAAUUGGACACACACAGAAGUCUUUCCCUAUGCUCAUGGUACUGAGGCGUGUGCAGGAAGGUAAUGGGACCGGUGCCUCUUCUAUGGUUGGUGCUGGAGAUUGUCUUCUGCAGUCAGUGUUUUGAACGUGACGUUCAUCUAAAAGUGAAUUCAGUGAUUCUGCAUCUGAAAAACUUAGUAUUGAGAAUCCUAAGCCAUGUCACAGCUGAACUGGAAAGCCUAAUUUUUCCCUGCUGUUGUAGUUAGUUUUUAGAGUUGGACAAGAAGAGAAAAAGGAAGUGAGACAAGGAUGGGGGAGAAUAGAGAGGGAAAGACUUUUUUUAAGUGAAUUCUGUUACUUUUGGCAAACAGCUGUUCUUGAAUGUCUGUCUUGAGAUUUUCCUUUUGCUUUCGCAUCACUAAUAAUUAUUUGGUGACUACCUCAGUUGAAGAUCACUAUGAUAGUAUUGAGUAACUGUGGGAUAUUCAUAAACUAUUAAAUAUAUGUACAAAGGAAGAUAGUAAUAUAAGAUGUUGGUCAGACAGAACUGUGCAGUUUUGCCCCAAGUGAUGAUUUCUAUCAAGAGAUUCCCCAUUAUUUUUAAUGGAGUAAAUUUAGCACUCUCUUUUUUCCUUAAAUGAAGCUUGUGGGUCUCCUUAGAGAACAGCAUGAGCUAUUAUUGGAGUCUGUCUAUAAAAUCUCUUGAUCUAGUACCUCUCAUAUGUUUACCCUGUAAUUGGAUUUUUACUUUUUUUUCCCAUGCCCUUCUAAAACCUGAGUGGAUGUAGAUGUAUCUGAAGCUGACUGACAAGCUGCUUGCUGAUUUCCUCACUCAGCUUCUUUAAUUUCACGUGCUAUGUCAAGAAGUUCACAGAGAAAUAUUUGUCUAAGGAAUUUCUGAACAACAGACCCUCUUUUGUAUCUGAACUCAAGUUCAAGCUACAUGUAUCUGAACUCAAGUUCAAGCUACAUAUAAAGAGAUCCUGUAUUCUGUUUCCUUCUUCAUGUCUUCCUUUCUGCCAGCCAGAAAGGUUUAACUUGAUACCUCUGCUUAAUUUAGGGUAUUGAAGAGCAUUGUAAGCUUUAAUUCAACACACCAAGUGCUUGACAGAAUUAGGACCAUCUCUGCUUUUCACCAGUACGUGUCUGUUUGCACAUGGAGACCUUUAUGGAGUGAAUAGCUGUAAUGCAAGAUGGUCUUUGAUCACAGGGAUGCAUCUGCCCGCCAGUGCUUGGCCUGUGCACAUUUAGCGACUCUGAACUGGCUGUAAAUUAGCUCUCUUGGAUAAUGCUGGCAGUAUGGCUGGAGCUUAGUCCUAGCUGCAGGGCCAUGCAGGUAUUUUGUCUUCCUGUCAAGUUAUUUUGAUAGCAAGUGUUCAAGGUAAGUAUAAUAAGCAGAGCUGAGUGCAAGUCUCAGAAUUUGGAAGAAAUACCUGCUGUUGUGCAUGCAACACUGCAGACAUGGCUGGUUGCAGGGCAGGACCCAUGGAAUGGGGCGGCCGUGUCCUGCAGGCAGAAAAAAAUAUAUCAGUAAAGUGCAAGACUGUAGCAGCAGAGAUGUGGGGAAAAAUACUGUUCUUAAAAGGUUCUCAUGGCUUUGCCAAAAAGUGUGUCAAAUAUUUGAUCCAACAGUAUUAACAAAGGGGAAAAAUUGAAGUUUUACUUCAUAGCUCUUAUAGAAAAGAUUGUAGCAUUUUAGGACCUCAUGAUAACCCUUAUCACAAGUACCAUAUAGAACAAUCUUUAGUGUUGUUUUGUGAUCCACACUAUCGAUAUCUGAGAGGAUGAGGCAGAGUGGUGUAAUUUGGGGAUACAAUUUUCCAUGGGUUU